GUAACCUUAAACCAAAUUUGGUUGCUGCAAUAAUUACUUAUUAGUAACUGACUCUUAUUAGGCCACUUAACCCAGAUGCUAAGUAACUACAACUACAAACAUUCAAAUUGUAUUUUUUUUUUAUAUACGUCUCGUGUGCUAGUAUUCUGAAGAUUCAACACCGGAUGUUAAGUUCCCCCCUCUCUCCGGUUUGUGUUGACACCGGCCAUUCAGCGGAUCCCCACAGAGCAGCCUCGUCUGUGCCGUAUUCAGAGAGCCUCAGCAGCUCCCACAGUUCCUGUUUCCGCCGCAGCCUUUUUCCACUCAGUUUUUCUGGAGCAAAACACAUCUCAGGCUGCCUCUGCGUCAGACCCGGCAUCCGCAGACCCCGGUCGGAUGCCUCUGGAAGCCGGCGUACCACGUCAAGGAUGCAGCUUGAAUAAAAGAAACCUGUGGCGCUGGAAGGACACGGAGAGGUGGUGUGGGAUAAGCCGGUCGACGCGGAGCUGGGCGGAGAGGAGAAGACACCAAGCGGGCCGUCGGAACGCAGACUUCUAGCCAUGCUUUAGCACGCGGGAAAAAGGCUCGCUCGAUCACCGGUUUGACUACCCGCCGCCUUUCUCACCGAAACGAACCCACCUCCCCGCCUCGUCAGCCGCUCACCGUCCCCCGCAGAGAUGUCGAUGCCGAGGCUGGCGCUGCGGCAUUUGUGGUGACGGGGCCGCAGAGCGCGCGUGCGUUUGCGCAUCCGGCAGACGGGCCGGUUGGAUCGUGGGGGGUGGGGGGGGCGUGUACGGGCGCACCGAGAGGCUUUUUUGUUUUUGGGGGUGGGGGGGGGGUGUGGUUGAACCAUGCGGCCCUGGGCGGGGUCAUGGCGGUGGAUUACCCUGGUGCUGCUGGCCUGGGGCACGCUCCUCUUCUACAUCGGCGGUCACUUGGUGAGGGACAGCGAGCACCCGGAGCGGUCCAGCCGGGAGCUCUCCAAGAUCCUGGCCAAGCUGGAGCGGCUCAAGCAGCAGAAUGAAGACCUGCGGCGCAUGGCCGAAUCGCUCAGGAUACCAGAGGGUCAGGCAGAAGCCGGGUCCCUGGCAGCGGGAAGGCUGCGCUCCCUGGAGGACCAGCUAACCAGAGCCAAGCAGAAGAUCCACAGCUUCCAGAAACUCACUGGAGAUGGACCCGGGCCCACUCAGGAGGAGAUGCGGAGGAGGGUGGAGAACGGCGUCAAGGAGUUCUGGUACUUUGUUCGCAGCGAGGUGAAGAAAUUGGCCACCGUGGAGGCCAGCGAGAGGCAGAAGUACGCUGACACACUCCUGCAGGACCUGGGACACCAGGAGAGGUCCAUCAUGACGGACUUGUACUACCUCAGCCAGGCAGACGGAGUCGGCGAAUGGAGAAUGAAGGAGGCUAAAGACCUGUCGGAUCUGGUCCAGAACAGAAUCACUUACCUACAGAACCCCCCAGACUGCAGUAAGGCGAGAAAGCUGGUGUGUAACAUCAAUAAGGGCUGCGGUUACGGCUGCCAGCUCCACCAUGUCGUCUACUGCUUCAUGAUCGCUUAUGGCACCCAGCGCACGCUCAUCCUGGAGUCUCACAACUGGCGCUACGCCCCCGGGGGCUGGGAGACCGUCUUUCUGCCCGUCAGUAACUCCUGCACCGACCGCUCUGGGGCCACCACUGGACACUGGUCAGGAGAGGCCCACGACAAGGACGUCCAAGUCGUGGAGUUGCCCAUCGUGGACAGCCUCCACCCUCGGCCUCCGUACCUCCCCCUGGCGAUCCCCGAGGACCUGGCCCCGCGCCUGCAUCGCCUGCACGGCGACCCGUCCGUCUGGUGGGUGUCCCAGUUCGUCAAGUACCUGGUGCGCCCUCAGGCGUGGCUAGAGAAGGAGAUCCAGCAGACUACGGCCAAGCUGGGCUUCAAGCACCCCAUCAUCGGAGUCCAUGUGAGGAGGACGGACAAAGUGGGGACGGAAGCAGCCUUCCAUCCGAUAGAGGAGUACAUGCUGCACGUGGAGGAGCAGUUCCAACAUCUGGCCAGGCGCGGCCACAUCGACAAGAAGCGGGUUUACCUGGCCACCGACGACCCGUCCCUGCUGCAGGAGGCCAAGACCAAGUACCCGGACUACGAGUUCAUCAGCGACAACUCCAUCUCGUGGUCGGCGGGACUCCACAACCGCUACACCGAGAACUCGCUGAGGGGAGUCAUCCUGGACAUCCACUUCCUGUCGCAGACCGACUUCCUCGUCUGCACCUUCUCCUCGCAGGUCUGCCGCGUCGCCUACGAGAUCAUGCAGACGCUGCAUCCCGACGCCUCCUCCUUCUUCUACUCCCUGGACGACAUCUACUACUUCGGGGGUCAGAACGCCCACAACCAGAUCGCCAUCUACCCGCACCAGCCGCGCAACAGCGAGGACAUUCCCCUGGAGCCCGGCGACAUGAUCGGCGUCGCCGGCAACCACUGGGACGGUUACUCCAAGGGCAUCAACCGCAAACUGGGCCGCACCGGCCUCUACCCCUCCUACAAGGUCAAAGAGAAGAUCGAGACGGUGAAGUACCCGACGUACCCCGAGGCGGACAAACUGCUCAGCUCUCAAAAGAAGUAGAAGACGAAGAAGAAGAAAUGGAAGACAAAAAAAAAAAUAUAAAAUAAAAUAAAUAUAAACUAAGAGAAUUGAAGGAGUGAGGAGAGACGCACGGUCUCCGUUUCCAGGGAAGGAGUCUGCUUUUGUACAGAUGAGAGGCGUACGCGGCGCGCUAAGCUGAGAAGAAAAGAAAAAAGCCUGUACCCAGGGGUGAUGGGAAUGAAAAUGCACUCUGUGUGUGUUUAUGUGCGAGCGAAAGGAAAAACGCGCUCGCGCCGCGCGUUUGUGUGUGUGUGUACGUAGGUGUGUAAGCGAAUGUAUGUGUGCACUUGUGUAAAUGCCUGUGCGUAUGUCGGGUCACGGAAGACUUCUUGCACCCUACUACCACAACAACCCCCUAACCCCCCACCCCCCCAACACCACCCUUUACCCCUCGCCGCCGCCUGACGUUCUGACGUCGGCUCUGUAGAGAUGUAGACGUGAACGUUGAUUUUAAAUACAGCAAGAAAAACAGUUAAAAUCUACACAACCUGACUGAGCUCUCCCCCCCUCUCCCUCUCUUUCUCCCCCUCUCACCCCGAGAUGACACUGGGACUACUGUAAGACUCCCCCAACCCACCCUCAACCCCCACCCCAAUCCCCUCCGGGAGUGAGCUUCGAAUCAGUGACUGAAAAUAUGACAAACUGGAAAAAAAAGUGUUUUGAUUUUUAUUUAAUUCUUUUAUGUGGUUUUGAUUCUAAUCUUGCCUUUUUUUCUCCUGUUUUUUUUUUUUUUGUUUGUUUACUGAAUGUACUGUAUCCUCUUCUUGCCAUGUUCACCGCUGCCCUCCUCCUCCUCCUCCUCCUCCUCCUCCUCCUCCUCCUCUCACUGUGCUUCCUCCAUCUCGUCUCUUCAUGUGCAAUUAAUUUUACAAUACCACGUUGUGCUUUUAUCAAGUGUUUUUAAUGGUCUUAAUUUUGUGUGUAUGGGGCUUGUGCAUUGUAUACUGUACAGUGUGUGUGUGUGUGAGACACAGAGAGAGUGUGUGUGUGUGUGUGUGUGUGCGAUCAGGUGUGCCUGGGUGUGCUGUUUAAGUCUAAGGGGCCAUGUCACGACCAUGUGCCUGGUUAACGGUGAGCGGUGUGUGUCUUUAUUUACCCCCGCCCUCCCUCCCCAUCCACCCUCCCCUCCCCUCCCCACCCCCCGACUGAAUAGUGUUUGUGUGGCCAGUGAGAGGCUGGCGGUGCCCUCAGCCCCUCAGCACUUGGAACAAUGGCCAGUCACUCCACCGGUGACCUCUAGUGAACAACGGUAAGAUUAUGUGAUUAUGUGGAGUGUGGUGAACUCGUGGUGCACACACACACACACGCACACACACGCACACACACAAGAAAGAGCCGUCCCGGGGGCUCACCUAAAUAAGCACUCCACUGAGAAAAUGUCCUUCUCGGCAUCUUUGCUGUCUCUUCUGUCCAUGCUUCUUCUUGUUCUUUUUAUUUUAUUUUUUUUUUUUUAACAUUGCCAUUUUAAAAUAAAUGAAAAAAAUAAAAAAUAAAUAAUGUUUAAAAAAUAUUAAUGGUAUGUCAUAUCGAAUUCCCCCCACCAUGAAGGCUUUUUUUUUCAUAACUUAUGUUCUUGGGCAUUGUCUUUGAUAACCACAGAUCGAAUAAACUUGAGAAACCAA